CGGGACGGAGUACGAACUCUGGAGUUCGGCAGCUGUUCGGCUUCUUGGCUUGCAGCAACAACAGCAGCUGCUGCUGUUGUUGUUGUUGCUGCUGCUGCUGUUGUUGUUGUUGUUUCUGCUGCUGCUGUUGACUUAAAGCGACCGCUGCCGUCUGGAGGAGGGAGGGAGGGAAGAGGAGGGGUCCGUGCUUCGUCUCCGCUCUUCUGCCGCCACUGCCUCGCCGUCGAAAGCGCCGCGGUUUUGUAACGAUGGAGGAGGACAAGCAGAUGACGGAGUUUUGUCUCAAGGUCCCCAAAGUGGAACUGCACGCCCACAUCAAUGGCUCCAUCAGCGAGGCGACGAUGGAGAAGCUCAUGCACAAAAAGCCGCAUCUGAACGUCCAGCACAGCAUGACGAUGAUCAAAAAGGGACAGCAGAGGAGCUUGGAGGAAUGCUUUGAGAUGUUCAAGGUGAUACAUAAGCUGACGGACUGUGAGGAAAGCAUUGUCAUGGUCACGAAAGAUGUCAUCAGGGAAUUUCACCAAGACGGCGUGAAAUAUCUUGAGCUGCGAAGCACUCCCAGGGAAGAGAAGAGCACCGGAUUGACGCGCAGGUCCUACGUUGACGCCGUUCUCUCCGCCAUACGGCAAUCCAAGGAGGAGCUACCGGGCAUCGACGUGAGGUUCUUGCUGGCCAUCGAUCGGCGGAACGGACCCGCGGUCGCCAUGGAGACGGCGAAGCUGGCGGAGGAGCACCUGCUAAGCUCGGGUGCCCUCGUGCUGGGCCUUGACAUGAGCGGAGACCCCUCGGUUGGACAUGGAAGAGACUUUCUUCCCGUCCUGGAAUAUGCGAAGAAAGCCGGGCUUAAACUGGCAUUGCAUUUAUCAGAGAUCCCAAGCCAGACAGAGGAGACGAGAAUUCUCAUGGACCUGCCGCCCGAUCGGAUCGGACACGGCACUUUUCUGCAUCCAGACGUCGGCGGAUCGCAAGAGAUCGUCGAUCUCAUUAUCCGCCAUCAAACCCCCAUCGAAUUGUGUCUGACUUCCAACGUGAAGGGCAAGACCGUAGCGACGUACGAUCAGCACCAUUUCAGAUUUUGGUACGGAAGGGGACACCCUUGCAUUAUUUGCACCGAUGACAAGGGAGUUUUUGCCACCGACCUCUCCCAGGAAUAUCACAUUGCAGCAGACACAUUCAACCUCUCCAAAGAGGACCUGUGGAAUAUCUCUUACCGCAGCAUCGAUUGCAUAUUUUUGCCAGAAGGCGAGAAACGUCAACUUCGUGGUGAAUGGGACAAGCUAAAGGGAUCCCUGCUAAACUCGAACAAGUGAGCAAAGUCUGAUGAGGAAUGGGCGGGUGCAAACUGCACAUUGAAUCACAUCAAAACGUUUAUAGUUUAGUAUAACUGUGGUGAAAUUAUUAUCAACAUUUCAAAAAACAACAUCCAAUAUAUAUUUACUCAUGUUUAUCGUUGAAUUAUGUGAAUGACGUGAACUACUCAUUGGAUGUCGUGUUAAAGAAUGUUAUAUUUAUCUUUAAGUAUAUUUUGGUGGUGUUAACCCCUGCAUGGAGGUCUGUUGUACCUUAUAUAUUCUGUGAGAGAAGUCUCACUGUGCUGCCUAUUUACAAACCUUAGAUGCGAGAUUCAAUUGCAGUGCAGAGCUACUGUACCACUGUAUUUUAAUGACAUUUCAUAUCAUGUGUGUCUGUUAACGCAUUUUAAAAUACGAGUAAACAUUUCACCUUUACUUUUCACCUUAUGAAUGUUUACAUAAAUGUUAUCGCAUUCAUUUCUACAUUAAAAAA